AUGGCCGACAACUCGAUCAAGAUCUUUACUGGCAACUCCCACCCUGAGUUGGCCAAGUUGGUUGCAAGCCGUAUUGGUAUCGACAUUGCCAAGGCCGAUGUCCUCAAGUACUCGAACCAAGAAACGGCUGUGACGAUUGGCGAGUCUGUACGAGACGAGGAUGUGUUUAUUAUCCAAUCCGGCUGUGGUGAAAUCAAUGACAACCUUAUGGAGCUCUUGAUUAUGAUCAAUGCUUGCAAGACCGCUUCGGCUCGUCGUAUCACGGCUGUCAUUCCUUGUUUCCCUUAUGCUCGUCAGGAUAAGAAGGAUAAGAGUCGUGCUCCCAUCACUGCAAAGUUGACCGCCAACAUGUUGACCGUUGCUGGUGCCGAUCAUGUCAUCACCAUGGAUUUGCACGCUUCCCAAAUUCAGGGUUUCUUCAAUGUACCUGUGGAUAAUCUCUACUGUGAACCUUCCAUGAUCAAGUAUAUCUCCACUCAAAUUCCCAACUGGGAAAAUGCUAUCAUCGUUUCCCCUGAUGCUGGUGGUGCCAAGCGUGCCACAUCCAUUGCUGAUCGUCUCAACAUGGAUUUCGCUUUGAUCCACAAGGAACGUAAGCGUGCUAAUGAAGUCUCCCGCAUGGUCUUGGUCGGUGAUGUGCGAGGAAAGAUUGCCAUUCUUGUCGAUGACAUGGCAGAUACUUGUGGUACUCUUGGUUUGGCUGCAAAGACUUUGCUCGAUAACGGUGCUGAAAAGGUGUACGCCAUUGUCGCUCACGGCAUCUUGUCUGGUAAAGCUAUCAAGGUGAUCAAUGAAUCCGUCAUCGAGAAGCUUGUUGUCACCAACACCAUCCCACAUGAUGAUAAAUUGGCCAUCUGUCCAAAGUUGGAUAUCAUUGAUAUUUCGCCUACACUUGCUGAAGCCAUUCGAAGAACCCACAAUGGUGAAUCGGUGUCGUAUCUCUUUUCGCAUGUUCCUGAAUAG